UGCUGCAGCGUGCAGCUCGGGCGAGAGUAGACAGUGUCUUGUUUGGGGAGCAGCCGGCGUCGCGCAGUAGUUGCCAACCCCUCGGUGCCUGAAGAUCUGUUACCACCACCGACCACCGCGCGCUUCGCCCAGUUGCUUCUCCGCCGUGCCGCUGAAAUCUGGAUUCUCUUCAACAAUGUGUGGGACUAUGUGGAGAUCCGUGCUGAUCCUGACUAUAUGGCUCCCAGCCACGCUGAUAGACAGCGCGCGCGGCGACGUGGAGUCUGCGUCGCUGCCGCUGGAGCACCGCGCCGUGUACGGCCCGCCGCCCCCGGGGGCGCUGGCCGGGGGCGGGCUCGGGGGCGGCGACGACCCCUGGCCCCUCGCCGCGCCCGACAUGCCGCAGAUCAAGCACCUGCAGGUGCAGUGCGAGAAGACGCACAUGCGCGUCAACAUCGAGUUCGACCGGCCCUUCUACGGCAUGAUCUUCUCCAAGGGUUUCUACAGUGAUCCUCACUGUGUUCACUUGAAACCUGGGACUGGUCAUCUCAGCACCACCUUCGAAAUAUUCCUCAACAGCUGCGGUAUGUCUUCUUCAGCGAAUCACAAUGUUGACGGCUAUGGCGGCAGUCCCACGCCCAGCGGAAGUUAUGUUGAAAACACGAUCAUCAUUCAGUACGAUCCCUACGUACAGGAAGUAUGGGAUCAAGCAAGGAAACUGCGCUGUACUUGGUACGACUUCUACGAGAAAGCAGUUACCUUUAGGCCUUUCCAAGUAGACAUGCUACAUGCAGUUACAGCGAACUUCCUUGGAGACAAUCUUCAGUGUUGGAUGCAAAUUCAAGUUGGGAAGGGCCCUUGGGCCUCUGAAGUCUCUGGGAUUGUUAAAAUUGGCCAAACUAUGACGAUGGUACUUGCCAUAAAAGAUGACGAAAGCAAGUUUGAUAUGUUGGUCAGAAACUGCGUUGCUCACGAUGGUAAGCGAGCACCAAUACAACUUGUUGAUCAGUAUGGUUGUGUGGUGAGGCCAAAAAUUAUGAGCAAAUUCCAGAAGAUCAAGCACUUUGGACCCUCAGCAUCUGUAGUGUCAUAUGCUUACUUCCAGGCUUUUAAGUUCCCCGACUCCAUGAACGUCCACUUCCAGUGCGUGAUCCAAGUCUGCAGGCAUCGCUGCCCGAAUCCUAAGUGCGGUGGUUUGAGUGGGGAGUACGGUAUACCUGCCCUGGGAGGACCUCAUGGCAAUGGACUUUCAGGAGAAUAUGGACCUCCACCUCCUCCAACUGGAGGAAACAGCCUACAUUCCGAGUAUGGACCUCCUUCCCUUUCCGAAUACGGCCUACCUGCUUUCCCUGAUCCGAGACACCCUACUGGGCCUUCUGGGGCGUAUUCCGAAAACAAAGCAGACGUCGUGCCGCCGCCAUCUUCUCAGGCGCAGCAGAGCUCAUCUACAUCGAACCCUCCGAACUCUUCCUCGGCGCCGCCGCCAGCUCAAGCCCAGUCGACGCACCAGAAUGGGGCUCUCGGCAGCAGCAGCAACAACAUCCACUUGCCCCCGCCGCCCCUGCCUGGACAGCAGGCCGCCUACACUACCGUCAAGAGGAAGGGCGGCGUCAUCGACGAGAUCGAAGGCAACCUGGCAACCUUGGGCGGACGGCCCAGGUCCGUGGAGGUGGAGUUCCAUGGCGCCCGCCGGCGGAGAAGUGCGCCGAUGGUCGUCGUCACCAAGGUCUACAAGAGAGAAGCUCAAGAGAUGACUGACGUCAACACGAGUAGGAUAAUUCAAGUCGUAGCCCCAGGAGACGUCAAUUUUGCACUAAAUGGCGCAGCGAGCAACGAAACUUUAGUUAUACAGUCUGCCUCGGCAUCACCAGACUCUGGGAGUGUCUGCAUGUCAGUUCCGAGUUUUGUUGGAGGGUUGGUAAUGCUCCUCUUAGUAUUGGUCGUCGCCUGUCUCGUAGCUGCAUUCUUGUUCGUGAGAGUAAGAGCUUUCGAUAGGAAAGGAGCGACAACUUUUGUUCAAGGAUACGACAAUACGGAUUUUGUGAAAGUGGCUAACUAAACUUAACUCGAGGAGCGAAAUAUAAAUAUUGGUGUGUUUUUCCUUACUCGACAAAUACGUGAUGUAUUUGUGGAGACAAAGGUUGCACAUGUUAUAAACAACACCUUUUGGAGAGAUUCGUUGAUUAAAGUGGUUCACUUUAACAUUGUUUUAUACGAGGCAAUGCGAAGAAAGUUAUUUCUUUUUCAUUAUAGGAAUUACUCAACUACCAAAUAUUACCGGAAUAUGAGUACACGUUACGAAAGUGAAAGUUAAUUCCACUCUUCCAUUUUGACCAAUGUGAUCUGGUGCUUCAGCAUGAAGUACUUCCAGUCAUAGUUCAUGUUAACACAGUAGCGAGGAAAUAUGUUUAUAGAAACCAUGGCUGUUCUGUGAUAUACCUGAAUUAUCUUAAAGGUGUCCAUACGCUGAGGUACAUCACUAGGCACUGAGGUGUUCAAUGCAUUGUGAUAGGCCAAGUGCUCUGACACAACAAACAUUUAAGAAUACAACAUAACAUUUUUUUUAAUAAAACCAAGACUGUUUAACACUUUUUUUUAAAUUAGGUAGUUUGCGCCCAGCGAUUUCAAAUGAAGAAUCGAAUGUGCUUAAUUAAAUGUGUUACUGAUUUGCUCAUCUGACUGUAAGCUUUGAAGUGUUAUGUAUUAAUUUAUUUUUGUGAUUAUCAACUGUUUACUACGAAAAAUGUUUUACCUAUUAAAAAUUAAUAUUUAACAAUCAUUCCAGGAAAUGUGAACACAACUAUAUAAGGCAGUGAUAUUAUCAUGGUAUGUAAAAAGCAAGUUUAAUUGCAUUUUUGUUGAGUCUUUUGUGGUACUAAAGAGGGAUGUUUUUAGCCGUAUACAUUUACUCGAAGAAAUCGGUACAAUUGCUAAGAUUAAAUUAACUAGAAAGUCGUCAAACAUUUGUAUUUUUUUUUUUUUUUGUAAUAUUUCACGAUGUUUUUAAAGUAUAAAACGUAUACUCAUAAAAAAUGCACUGCGUGAAAAUCUAUCUUCAGAACUCUACUUAAGAAUACUAGUGAAAUUUUUGAUCAUAUUGUGUUAUCUCAUUUCAACUGUUUCAGAUUUUAAUUCGCUAGACUAGUGUAUUAGGUAAAAUUGUGAGUUGUCUUACCAACACACUUUUAUUUUACUAAAAAAAAUACAUCCAGAAGUAUGUUUAACUUUUAAACACCAUGUAAAAAUACUUGUAUUUCAAUUAAAUGCUAUAAACACACUUAAGUAUGACAGGCUUACCGUCCAGCAGAAACAAAGAAGUGCCCAAUUGUUAUGUUAUUUACUGUGUUGUAUUUAUAGCAUAGUAUUGUUCAUUUCACUGCUCAUUCACAACAAUGUCAUCAUUCAAGAGGUAAUAAAUUCACGAUUUAGAAUAGUCUUAUUUAUUUUUAUAUGUAACAAGCUAAUUUUCCAUUGUUGUAAUUUAUUCUUGUGACAAAUAUUAAAGCAAAGAAAAAAA